GUUUAUUGUCCUCGAUCACAGCUUGUUAUCCCACUCUAUUCCAUACCAAGCUCUCAACUCCACAAUGUCCUAUGCCUCUCGCCAUUACUACGAUGAAGCGUGGUCUGACAACCACGAACUUCCCAAUCUCCCGGGGCCAUCCUCGUGCAUAUACUCUUCUUGGACCAGACGACAUCAGCUACCUGGCACAGUCGAAGAGUUUGUGGAUGAUUCAGGCCUCUUCUGGAUUGGCCCCAAACGAAAGGAUAGGGUCAUCCUAGUCGUUCAUGGUGGUGGCUUCUGCGCUCCUCUCGCCGAAUGCUCUAUGAGCUUUUGGAACUAUGUCAGACGACAGCUAAACUCGCGCAGCCACAUUGAGGUUGGAGUAGCAUUCCUCGACUACACACCCAUACAAGACGCUCCAUUCCCUACCCAACUUCGCCAGCUCGCAGUUGCCGUAGAUCACCUCCUGGCAACUGGAACCCACCCCAAAGACCUUCAUAUCGUUGGGGAUGGGAUGGGCGGCAACAUCGUUAUGCAAUUUCUCUCCCAACUUCUCCAUCCCAUCAAAAGCAUUGGGCCAAUCACGAAACUCUCGUCACCCAUCCGCGGUGUUUACCUGAUGUCUCCCCUCGUUACAGCAGAAAGCCGAUCGGAGUCUUCGAAACGCACUGACUUCCAAGGUCUUGUCGACGUCUCUCAUUCGUUGAGGCGGAUGGGCGCUUAUGUGAAUGCUAUCCCGACGUCUCGGCAGCAAUAUGCGGAACCAUUCGACGCCAGGGACGUUUGGUGGGACAGGUUACCUCAGUUCGCGGAUCGAUUUCUGGUUUCUGUGGGCGAGGAGGUGUUGGGGGAGGAAACUCGCCGGUUUACGAAUGCCGUAUUGACAAGGGAGGGCACAGAAGUCCAGUUCGAGUUCCAGGAGGGAGGUCUACAUUGUAAUCCCUAUUACGACUUCUUCGUAUCAGACAACCCGUCUCUCGUCGCAAGCCUGACAAAUACUACUAUUGAAUGGCUGGAGAGGGGUUUCCUGGAUGCCCCCGUUUAG